UGUGGGUACAUUGCCUUGUUCCCAGAGUGCCUGCGGCCCGCUCACUGGCGACCGCUCCCUGCAGCUCGCCCCGCGGCCCGGGCUUGGCAGCUUCCCGGGCCCCAGGGCCGCCUGCCGGGCGAGUUGUGGGCGUGUGUGGCUCUCGCCCUGUCGUCGCAUCCGCGAGUCCACCUUCCUGUUGACGCGAGUGGCUUUCUGUGGACUCUCUUCACAGCCCUGGUCAUCUAUAAUUUCCUGAGCCUCUGCUAUGAAUACCUCGGGGGAGAGAGUGCCAUCAUGGCAGAGAUCAGAGGGAAGCCCAUCGAGUCCAGCUGUGUGUACGGCACGUGCUGCCUCUGGGGAAAGACCUACUCCAUCGGGUUCCUGCGCUUCUGCAAGCAGGCCACCCUGCAGUUCUGCGUGGUGAAGCCGCUCAUGGCUGUCAGCACCGUGGUCCUCCAGGCCUUCGGCAAGUACCGGGACGGUGACUUCGACGUCACCAGCGGCUACCUCUACGUGACCAUCAUCUACAACAUCUCCGUCAGCCUGGCCCUCUACGCCCUCUUCCUCUUCUACUUUGCCACCCGCGAGUUGCUGAGCGCCUACAGCCCCGUCCUCAAGUUCUUCAUGGUGAAGUCUGUCAUCUUCCUCUCCUUCUGGCAAGGCAUGCUCCUGGCCAUCCUGGAGAAGUGCGGGGCCAUCCCCAAGAUCCACUCGGCCCGCGUGUCGGUGGGUGAGGGCACCGUGGCCGCCGGCUACCAGGACUUCAUCAUCUGCGUGGAGAUGUUCUUCGCAGCCCUGGCCCUGCGGCACGCCUUCACCUACAAGGUCUACGCCGACAAGCGGCUGGACGCCCAGGUGCCGACAUACGGCCCUUACGGCCACUGUGCCCCCAUGAAGAGCAUCUCCAGCAGCCUCAAGGAGACCAUGAACCCGCACGACAUCGUGCAGGACGCCAUCCACAACUUCUCGCCCGCCUACCAGCAGUACACGCAGCAGUCCACCCUGGAGCCCGGGCCCCCCUGGCGCGGCAGCACCCACGGGCUCUCGCGCUCCCACAGCCUCGGCGGCGCCCGCGACCACGAGAAGACGCUCCUGCUCAGCUCCGACGACGAAUUCUAGGCGGCGGCCGCUGGGGAGGGCGGCCCGUGGCUUUGCGUCGCCCUCGACCGGGCCAGAGACACAGCGCUUCCGGGGCAGCGGCCGGACGCUGUCCGCCCAGGGGACAGCCGGCUCGCCGGGAGCCGUCAGGGGUGUUUGCACGUGGCCGAGGUUGCCCUGCCCCGGCGAGGCGCAGAGACCCUGGAGAUGCCCCUGUGGCUCGGGACCAGCCGUGCCCAGGCCCAGCGUUGUGACCAGGCUGGCCACGGCCUUUUCCUGCCCCAGACUCUAGAACCCGCCCAAACACCGUGCAAUACCGGGGCCGGCUCCUUCUGGCCUGCCCCUCCCACACCGUGCCCCCCUCGACCCUUCAGCCUCACGCCCCCUCCCCCGGCAGGCCGCCGGCGCACCGCGAGGGUCAGAGCCGCAGCCCACCCGGGGGUGCUCAGGUGCCGCUCUGAGCAGCCGGCGGGAGUGUCUGUGGGCCUGGGGGGUCUCCCCUGAGCACGCACCUUCCACCUGCCUCGCCCUUCCCCCGGUCUGCUGACCACAGCCCACAGCCCACACUGCCCCCUGACUGGGGUCUCUCUUCGAGCGUUUGGGGCCUAGCCCUUGCUUCCUGGCUGCUCACCGGGUCGGGGCGAUCCACCCUUCUCCCCGGCCACAGUGCUGAGGGAGGGGGCGUGGGGGCGGGGCCUGCCGCUGGCCGCUGGAGGUGGGAGGGUGUUCUCACACUUCUCUCCCCGGCCCCGGGCGUCUUGCCUUGUCCAGCCCUGGCCCGCCUCCUCCGUGCCUUAGUCACACGUGAAUGCUCCUUCCCUGGGCCCUCGCUCCGUUACGCGGCUGGCACCCAGAGGAGCUGGCAGGGCCCGGCGCGGCGCCCUUGGACAGCCUCUGGUGGCCAGGACCCCCGGCCCCUCGGCGGCGCCCCCACUGCUCGCCUGGAGCCCUCACUGGCCUCGCACGGGUGGCCACUGUCUAGGUGGCCCUGGGCGACCAGCGGCGUGUUUGUCUGCAGGAGGUGUCCCGUCCCGGCGCUCGAAACCCGCGGCAGCAGCCUGCGAGAGGGGUGAGGGGACAGAGCUUCCCUGCAGUCCUCGGGCACUCCUGGGCGAACAGACCCCUCGCGGGACCGUGCAGGCGCCAGCGUGGGCGUCCACCUUGGCAGCUUCUCUGGCCGCCUGGUGAUCAGGCUGGGCCCAGCAAGCACAGAGCCGGCUCCCCCGGGGCCGGUGGGCCCAGCCAGCCAGACCCGGCUGACCACGGGGCGGCCUGAGGAGGCCUCUGACUCCACUCCCCGUCUGCUUUCACCAGUCUGUCCGAUUCUUCCAGGCCAAAGUCUGCUCCGCCCCCUGCCCCCUGGACUUUGCCCGGGUGCCCACCACGGAUGGGGUGGAGAGGGGGUUCAGGGCAGCGAGCUGGCGGCCCCUGGGCAGAUGGGGGCUGGGGAGCCAGGCCUGUCACCCCUCUUUCCUAGGAUGCGGAACCUUGUCUUUCUGUUUUUUAAUUUGCCCCUCCCCCAUCGAGUAGCUCUUUGUACAUAAAAAGUACUUGAAAAGCGGGUGGUAUGGUGCGAGAAGCCAGAGCCCCUAGUUUUGUAUCUCGUGUGUGACCGCCUCGCGUCCCACCAGAAAGCGCUCUAUUUUGGUCUCUGUGACAUUUUAAACGCGUGACAGAAGUGAGCAAACAAAGUGAGAAAGAAAUAUAUAUAUGAGAUAAUAUAGAUUGUACAAAACCUC